AUGGUGGCAUCCAAGGACAUAAAUUGGCUCAACGUCGCAAUUCUGACAGUUCCACCACUGGCUGCAAUCUAUGGAAUAGCAACCACUCAAGCACGAUUGGAAACACUAUUAUGGGCUGUUGCCUACUAUUUCUGGACUGGUCUAUCUAUUACUGCUGGUUAUCACAGGUAUUGGUCGCAUCGCUCAUAUGACUGCUCGUUCCCAAUGAAAGUCUUCUUGGCUCUUGGUGGUGCUGGUGCUAUGGAAGGAUCAAUUCGAUGGUGGAGUCGUGGUCACCGAGCUCAUCACAGAUAUACCGACUCACCAAAAGACCCAUACGACUCGAGCCGUGGUCUCCUCUACUCACACAUUGGUUGGAUGGUCAUAAAAGAAGAUCCAAGCAAAAUGGGCCGUGUCGAUAUAUCAGAUCUAAAUCGUGACGAACUUGUCAUGUGGCAACACAAGAACUACUUGUGGUUGGGUCCACUCAUGGCCUUUUUAUUCCCUGCUAUCGUAGCCUAUAUUGGAUGGGGUGAUUUCUGGGGUGGUCUCUUCUUUGCUGGCAUGGCUCGUCUUGUAUUUGUACAUCAUGCCACCUUCUGUGUAAACAGUCUUGCUCACUAUUUGGGUGAAGCUUCGUAUGACGAUCGUCGAACUCCUCGAGACCACUUUAUUACUGCUUUGGUGACAUUGGGUGAAGGAUACCACAACUUCCACCAUGAAUUCCCAUCUGACUAUCGAAACGCUGUCUUCUUCUGGCAAUACGACCCAACUAAAUGGUUGAUCUUCAUCGCUUCCUUGGUUGGAUUGACAUAUAAUCUCAAAAUGUUCCCUGAAAACGAAGUCGCAAAGGGGCGAAUCCAGAUGCAAGAGAAAAAGAUUGCUGAAUUAAAGCAGAAACUCAACUGGGGCAAGCCUCUAGAGCAACUACCGGAAUGGGAAUGGACCAAAUUCGUCUCAGCAUGUGAAAAAGACAAGAAACAAUACCUCGUAGUGGACAAGGUCGUGUAUGAUUGCGACGGUUUCAUGGAUGAACACCCUGGAGGUCGUGGCUUCCUGAAAACAUCGAUUGGACGAGAUGUGUCUGCUUCAUUCAAUGGAGCCAUAUACUUCCACUCAAAUGCUGCUCGAAACUUGGCUACACAGAUGAGGGUUGCCAAAAUCGUUGGCGAAAUACCCGAAAAUGAUAAGGCAAAGGAAGAGUAA